CCCCUCCACGCACGCGCGUGCAAGUCCACACAUUUUUAAGGAAAUUAACUAGGCUACUUUUUCUAGGGCAGUUGGCACCUAUCAAGUAACUGCAAGGGGUGUUUGCGGUAUCACGUCUUUUUUUGAGGGGGGGGUGUUUACUGAUUUUUAUGAAACAUGUGACUGAAUUAGGCGCUCACAUGGCUGCUGUGGCUGCAUGAUCGGCUUUAGUUUUUUAAAGUUCGGUUAUCGGUAGCUCCCUCGGCUGGGACCAUCUGGAGCAGAAGACCCCUGAAAAACACUGCGCGUAUACGGACAAAUCAUGGCGAACAGUGGGCAGAAAGUUGUGCUGAUCACCGGCUGCUCCUCCGGCAUCGGGUUACGAAUUGCCGUCAUCCUGGCCAAAGAUGAAAAGAGUCGUUACCAUGUCAUUGCCACGAUGCGGGACCUGAAGAAGAAGGACAAGUUGGUGGAGGCAGCUGGAGACGCAUAUGGAAAGACCUUGACGUUGCUUCCAUUAGAUGUGUGUAGCGAUGAGUCCGUCAGGCAGUGCGUCAAUAACGUUAAGGACCGCCAUAUUGAUAUUCUGAUCAACAAUGCAGGUGUGGGCUUGCUUGGACCUGUGGAAAGCAUCAGCAUUGAGGAGAUGAAAAAAGUAUUUGAGACCAACUUCUUUGGAGUGGUUCGUAUGAUCAAAGAAGUGAUGCCAGACAUGAAGAAGAGGCGUUCAGGGCACAUUAUCGUCAUGAGCAGCGUCAUGGGUCUUCAGGGUGUGGUAUUCAACGAUGUUUACACUGCUUCUAAGUUUGCAAUGGAGGGCUUCUGUGAGAGUUUGGCUGUGCAACUGAUGAAGUUCAAUAUCAGGUUGUCCAUGAUUGAGCCUGGCCCAGUGCACACUGAAUUUGAAACGAAAAUGAUGGAGGAUGUGGCUAAGAUGGAGUAUCCGGGUGCGGAUGCUGACACAGUUCGUUAUUUUAAAGACGUAUACCUGCCAUCAUCAAUAGAUAUAUUUGAGGCCAUGGGCCAAACACCAGAUGACAUAGCUAAGUGCACUAAAAAGGUUAUUGAGUCAAACAACCCUCGCUUCAGGAAUCUGACCAACAGCCUCUACACACCCAUUGUGGCCCUGAAAUAUGCCGAUGAGACUGGAGGCCUGUCUGUAAACACAUUCUACAAUCUACUCUUCAAUUUCGGCCCUCUCAUGCACAUCACCAUGAGCAUCCUCAAGUGUUUGACGUGCAGCUGCCUGCGUAGACGCACUAUCUCACCUAACUGAAGAUGGAGUGUGUAAUUCUGUCACUUAACUUUAACCUCCCAGUUUGUUGAACGGAGGUUUCCUGAACAGGCUAGACUAGAGCAAGUAACCUGGAGAGAAGAGCCACCUUUUAGUUUAAAGACAGAGCCACAAUAAGCUUCUCAAGACAACAUGCACAGCUGCACAAGUUUGUCACAGAGAUGUUAUAUAUAGGGUGACCUUAUGUACUGACACAGAAACAUGCAUACACCACAACACACACAUACAAACAACACACACAUUGGAUUAUUGUAUAUAUAAUAUGACGAGGAACUCAUGCCAGAGUCUGGGUAGUAUGACAAGAACUGAACAGCUGCUUUGUAAGUUGUUGGAUAUAUAUGUUGUUAAAUGAAAACGUAAAGAUGGAACUUAAGAUUGAAACACAUGGACAGAUGUCAAAGCACAAGAAAUAAAUUAAGAUGAUGAGAGAAACCAUAAAAUUAUAAUAAAUAUCACAAUCACAAUACCAUAAGUUGCAACCUAGGUAUUGCUUCAUUACUCAUCAGAGUAAUGACAUAUAAGACAGAGUCAGAAUAUAUGAUAAAUAUAUAUAUAAAUAUUUCAUCUUUUGUUCUUCAGUGCCCUUAAUUUUAUGUUCAUCUUAAUAUAAUGUUCGCAUGGUCAUAACUGCUGUUGAAUCAUAUUUCUAAUCUUUGAUAAACCGAAUGUUUGUUUGUUUUGGUUUGGGUUUGUUUUUUCAAGUUUUACGAAGGGCUGGAUCAGAUACUUUUACCAAGCAAAUUAAUGGAAAAAAUAAAGUGAAUUCUGAUUUACUCUGAAUGUUUUUUUAAGAACACAAAUAACAAAAAACGUGACCACUUUGACUUUGAAAGCUCUCUGUCUGACAGACUCAGUCAACACCACAGGGGGGCGGCAUUUCACUGUUUUACCCUGAUUCCGAACCUGUGGAUUACACGGGACAUGCACUGAUUUUUUUACAGUAUUAUUCACAUAAAAGCACAGUUUUCAACAAAAUAUUCCAUUUGCCUGAAGUAGUUCUGGGGUCCUGACAUUGUGCUUUCUGGCUCACCAGUAUGGUUUACUGAGACAUCUGGUGCAGUGAAAUUUACUUCACCUGUGUUUUCCUACUGCUGAGAAGCAGCUGAAGUUGUCCAGGAACUGGUAUCUACUUGAGACAGACAAGUAGGACAAUAUUUAAUUAAAUUAGUUUGAGAAACUGGCCAUUACACUUAUUUUUCACUAGCUAUAUUUGUAACAAUUUAUCUAUUAGUAAUAAAUGUAUCAAGGUUAAACCCUAUGGAUAUUUUGAAAAUACUGGUUGAAAAAAAUAUAAUAAGAGAAUGUGUUCAAAAAUCAUUUUUUAAUUUCAUACACAGGUCAAAACAAAAACUCCUGCAUAAGGCCAAUUUUUGAGCACACACUUAAAUUUUUGUCAGUGAGACAAAUUGUCUGUGCUCAUGCACAAAAAUUAGCAUGUGUUUGCAUGCAUGUGAAUGUGUUUGUGAAUGUGUUAUAAGACCAUGUCUAUGGGCCAAGAUAGUGAUCUGUUGAUGGAUAUAAAGAGGUCAUGGCCUGCUCCCCAUCAAAACCCCUCCCUUGAACCCCCAACCCUCUCACACACACACCCGGCUUUGUGCCGUGUGAGAGAAUGUGACCUGGUUCCCAUCCCUGAGGAGGGGU